AUGGACACCAUCAUUGCUCCUUGUCCUGAAAGCGCGAUACCUGCUGGCCAGAAGAGUGCUCUACUCACCAACUGCGAUGGCUCUACACUCAGGGCCUUUCUCGACGAAAAGCCUUCCAAUAUGCCACUAUUCCAGGAAAUCUUGAAGCGUCUGCUAGCUAAUCUCCAUGCUGACAAACUGUCUGCCAUUGGUACAAUAUGCUCACUUCUCGGAAAUCGAGCUGGUGUCCUCCCUCUCACUGGUUACUUCACAUUGUUUUGUAAUCUGUCUAUUCAAGACCGAACAUUAGUGCUGAAUUCUUGGCAAACGAGCUCUCUAGCUACCUUUCGUGUCCUCUUCAAACAACUGUCAAUCAUUGGCAAGCAUGUUUACCUCCGAUCAAGUACGCUUUUUAAUGAAGUCGUUGGCUUCCCAACUACUCCCAUUGGAUGGCACCCGGUCGAAUCAUACCCCUUUGAGUUCAUGCAGUUCAACGACUCAGAAACCCCAGUUCAACUCGAUACAGAUGUUGUCAUUGUGGGCUCGGGAUGUGGUGCAGGAGUCGUCGCAAGAACUAUGGCCAUGGCAGGCUAUCGCGUCUUGGUCGUGGAUAAAGGACAUCAUUACGAAACCUCCUCGCUGCCUCUCGAUCAAAGUGCAGGAUACUUCCACCUUUUCGAGCAGGGAGGGCUCGUAUCUUCAGAGGACGGCUCUAUUUCUACACUUGCAGGGUCAUGCUUUGGUGGAGGCGGAACGGUCAACUGGAGCGCGUGUUUACAGCCCCAGAACACAGUCCGCGAUGAAUGGGCAGACCAACGAGGUCUUGGCUUCUUCAAAUCAGCCAAGUUCCAAGAACAUCUUGACUCAGUCUGUGAGCGUAUGGGCGUCAGCAACGAGCCCAUCAAUCAUAACCACGGCAACUCUGUCUUGCUGGAAGGUGGGCGAAGACUUGGGUACAGCGCUAAACAGGUCCCGCAGAACACGGGCCAUGGCGAGCAUCAGGAUGGAUACUGCUCCAUGGGUUGCUGGAAGGGGCAGAAGCAAGGACCUGUCAAUGGUUGGCUACCAGAUGCCGCCAGGUGCGGAGCCAAGUUCAUAUCAGGCUUUUACGUCAACAGGGUCCUUUUUAAGAAGCAUGGUGGCAAGAAAGUCGCUUCUGGUGUGACUGGGACUUGGAGACCAAAAGACGGCUCGGAUACCUCGGCCAGAACGGUGACGAUCAACGCGAAGAGGGUUGUUGUUUCAGCUGGUAGUCUGUGUAGCCCGAUCAUCUUGAAGAACAGUGGGCUCAAGAACAAGCAUAUUGGACGGAACCUCCAUCUACACCCAACAUCAUUCGUAUCAGCAAUCUUUGAACAGGAGACCCGGCCAUGGGAAGGCGGAAUUCUCACGUCUGUGGUUUCGAGCUUCGACAACAUCGACGGACAUGGUCACGGCGUGAGGCUUGAGCGUCCCUCAAUGAUGCCUUCCAUGUGUCUCACAUGGUGUAACUGGACAUCAGGGCCUGAAUAUAAAGCCAUGAUAACCAAGUACAGGCACAUGGAAGCAUACAUUGCUAUCACUCGAGAUCGUGACAGUGGCCAGAUCACAGCAGACUCCAUAAAUGGCACACCUCGUUUAGUUUAUACUCCCUCCAAGUUCGACGCCAAUAACAAUUUGAAGGGUAUGCUUGGCUUGGCAAAGAUUCUCUAUGUACAAGGUGCCUUGGAGAUCCAUCCUAUCCUUCCCGGCCUUGAGCCAUUUAUCCGUGAGCCAGAGACUUUGACGAAUGGUGUCGAUAGCUCGUCAGGGGCCACAGAUGCGAAGUUUUCGCAGUGGCUGAAGAAAAUGGAAGCUCAUGGGAACAAGACACCAGAUACACCUUAUGGAUCUGCUCAUCAGAUGGGCACCUGCCGAAUGAGCACCAAGGAAUCUGACGGUGUUGUGGACGAUUUUGGAAGGGUUUGGGGCUGUGAGAAUCUGAUUGUUGCGGAUGCGAGUGUCUUUCCGAGUGCGAGUGGUGUCAACCCUAUGGUCACUACCAUGGCGAUCUGUGAGCACAUUAGCUCGGCCCUGGCAAAGGAUUUGGCUACGGAUAUUCAGGAGCGCCCUAGAUUGUAGGCAACU